AUGGCUCGCGCAAUCUCCCCGCCCUCCGAGACAGCUUCGCGAUCCUCCUUCUCGUCGGUGCGAGAGAACGACGAUGGCUUUGCCCAGACCUUCACCCGAUCCAAGAUCUCGUCCUACACCGAGGCGCCAGAGGAGGUGAUUGUCGACGAAUCGCCAGUGGCCGAGCUCCCUCAGCCCGCCUUCCAGCCACCUCUGACGCAGCCAAACAGCAGACUGCAUGGAUUCUGGUAUCCUGCCGACGGUUUCAAAGGAUGGCGGGAGAUUCCUCUCAAGGGAAAGCUCGCCAGUCGAAGCUGCGAGAAUUUGCACAGGCUGCACAUGACAUGGGACACACCGACCCCAGCCAUUGUCGAGAAGCCUCACGAAACCUAUCCGACUACUGCAUCACCUCUGGAGAGACUACCGAGCGAAGUAUUGAGCACAAUCGUCGACCUUCUAUUCAUUGAGCUCCCGCCUAAUGGAUUGACUACUCGAAAUGCCGACCUCAUGUCGCUCUUACUCACCUCUCGAUCUCUUCACGCUGCUACUCUCACCACUCUCUACAGACACAUCACCAUUCCCCACUCACGAAUCUUCCGCAAGUUUCUCGCCACCAUUACGGAAUAUCCAUCCCUGGCCACAAUCGUCCGCCGCUUGGAUUUCAGUCACUUCAACCCCUCCAUGUUCUUCAGCACUGCCAGCGAGAGAGCCCAGGCUCGCAAUCUGACGUCAGAGACCCUCGCUCAGUGUCUCAAGCUGACUCCUUACCUCCGAGAAUUCUUGGCUCAAGAGUACGUCGACGAUGAUCUUAGCGGCGAUGUUCUGCGCCAGCUGCUCUUCCAUUCUCCUCAGCUUCAAGGGCUAGACUUUUGCGGCUGCUCUUCCGUCUCUUUCAAGAACUCCUUCUCCAGCAUCUUGGAAGACGAGUGGCCCGAGACACUUACCGUCACCAAGCUUUCUUUCCACAAGUGUCUCAGCCUGCCAUCUGCUGUCUUUGAGAAGAUUCUGCCUCGGUUGCCUGGACUGACUCAUUUGGACGUUGCCGCGACGCGCAUUACCGACCAGGCCCUUCUCUCCAUCCCUACAUCCGCGAGACUAACUCACCUCAAUCUCGCCAAAUGCAAAGAACUGUCUGCAGAGGCCGUUCUUCAAUUCAUCUCAUUCCAUCCUGCAGCCCAGUCGUUGGUAUUCCUCAGUCUCGCCACUGAUCCAAGCAACCACCUGUUGCUGGGCAAGUCUGAUGUUGACCAACUUCUACCGAAGCUGCCGGCUACUCUGCGCUCGCUGAGCCUACGCGGUAGCCGAAUGGACUCGUCAAACCUGCCGGAGCUCAUUAGACUCUCGCAGUCUUUGGAGGAGCUCGCUCUCGGCCGAGGGUUGAGCAUGACUGACGUCCACGGGCUGUUUUUCCAAGACAAGACAGCCCUGCCUCACAAUUUGAAGUUUAUCGAUAUUUCGGACAUUGAAACGAUUAUCGGCAGUGCCAGCGACCUGCUGGCCCCGGCUUCUGCUCCGCUCCAUGUGAUUGAAAUUGGCGAGCGGUCCUAUGAACGGGCCGCCAAAGCCAACAAGAGUCUUGAGCGUGUAGGCUGGACUGCCAAAGAAUUCGGCGCUCGCUAUUGGCUUGUGCGGAGAAAUCCUGACGGCACGACUCAGGACAACGGCGGCCGCCUGUGGAAGAUGGGCGCCGAGAGCUGGGGAAUGAGAAAGGUCCCCGUUGCCGUCGCCGAAGUCGGAGGCAUGUACGGCUCUUUUAUGUUUGGACGACGUCUCUAA